UGUCCCACUGUUGUCAUGGCACGAUAUGGUACUAUUUUACAGUUCCUGAACAUUAUAGUCAUAUGUGUAAUAUUUGUAGAUUCCACUAUUGUCAAUACGUUUACCCAAGAUUCAGUUGGUUUUAAUCACAUGACUGUUGAUACAAUCACUGGUGACGUAUACAUUGGUGGUGUUGAUUACAUCUAUAGACUGGAUACAGAUUUACAACUCAUCUAUAAUAUAACAACUAAACCUGAUGAUGGAACUGAUAACUAUAAUAAAAUAUUAUCAAUCAACUACGGUGACAAUAAUCUGGUUACGUGUGGAAAUGAUCAUGGAUAUUGUCAGAUUAGAAACUUGACUGACUUAUCUGUGCUGGGUACUAGUGACAUAUAUGUUGCUGCACCUACUGUGGAAGACUCUACUGUGGGAUUUGUAGCACCUGGUUAUGAUGAUAAACCUAUGUUGUAUGUUGGUACAUUAAAACGAGGUGUGACCUAUGGAGAUGAAACUGUUAGUGGACGACAACUUGAGGAAAACAUUUUUAAUGUGAUUAGACGUUAUGUAGAUUCCAAAACUGCUGUAGAUAUAAAUGAAUUUAAUAUUGGACCAGGUUUUGUAUUCUAUAUAACUGGUUUCAGCUAUGGUGGAUUUAGUUACUUUCUGACCGUACAACGUUUGGGUAGAUAUGACAAUUCAUACAUAUCUAGGAUUAUACGUGUAUGUCAACAGAGAAAUGACAACUACUACGACUCUUACACGGAAGUAACGUUACAGUGUAACAACCCUGAUG